GAGAUGGAGAGAGGCAGGGUUCCCGUGCGCUGAGCGCGUCCACGCAGCGCGCGAAACCAGUGACCCACAGCGAGUGUGUCUCGGCGCCAGUCGCACAUAGCGGGCGGGGGGACAGGAUGAUUCUGUGAGAUCACAUUAAAAUGGGAUCAGUUUCGCGGAGAGCGCGGCUCGGAUUUCCACGGAACGGUCGGCGGCGGAGCGCAACAAGGGGCUGCGAGUGACACUUAGAAACACGGGACGGGGCAGGACGGACUGUCACUCCUUCCGCGGGGGUCCCUGCAGCGCGGGCAGGCGACUUUUUGGUACCAUGAUCAUGAUGAUGAGGAUGAGCGGUGACUUUGCGCGUGCCCUCACACUCCUGCUUCUGUGCGCUUCCGUCUGCCUGUGGAUCCGGACUGACCGCUGGCUGGAUGGGCUGCACGCGAGCAGCGGGUCUCCCGUGUCGGGUGGCGCGCGCUCUCUCCACGGACAUGCGGAUCGGAAUUCUCCCAAAACUUUCCGCGCGCUCUUGGCUCUCCCUGGCGCGCAGGCUGCUGUGCGCGCGGGGGGGAAGGCGACGCGCACCCGUGCCCGAGCCCGAGCCCGCGGUGGACCCGAGGUCCUGUCUGCAGCUCUGAGAAAGACACGGGACGAGACAAACGAAACCCACACGCGAGCCAGUUCCACGCAAAGCCGGGGGAGAAACGUCACGGCCAGUUCCGCUGGGUUACUGCAGGACGGGGUGUUCUGGAGCGAGUGGCUCGAGGAUCUGCUCCCCAGCGCGUUCACAGAGCAGCGCGCCCGCGCAUGGAGGGACGGGGUCAGAGAUCGGAGCGUCGUGGUCUUGGAGUCGGGCUGCGGGAGACCCUCUAACCGGCUCGCCGUGUUCGCGGACGGGGCCAGAGCGUGUGUGCGCUACGGCAUCAGCGCGGAGCAGGUGCAGGGCGAAACCCUGUCCUACUACCUGGCCACUUUAUUAGGUAUAGGCAAUCUGCCGCCGCUCGCGCUCUCCCGGCUGGACCCCACCGGGGAGCAGUGGGCGGCCGUGACGGACAGCAUGGGCGCCCUGCAGUGGGCCGUGAGCUCGCUCGUGUCGCUCACCGAGUGGAUCCCCGGUCUGACCGGCGCCGUCGUGCCGGGACCCCUGCGGCAAGGCGGGGAGGGGCUGCACCCGUUACGGGAGGACCUGCUUUCCGCGACAGUGACGGAGCUGCUGGAGCUCGUAGAGUGGAGCGACCUCAUUGCGUUCGACUUCCUCACGGCCAACUUCGACCGGCUCGCGAGCAACCUGUUCAGCCUCCAGUGGGACCCGCGCGCCACCGAGAGGAACGUGAGCAACCUGCACAAGACGCCCAGCGGCCGCCUCUUGUUCAUUGACAACGAGGCGGGCCUCGUGCACGGCUACCGCGUGCUGCGCAUGUGGGAGCGGUACCACGCGACGGCGCUCGGCGCGCUCUGCGUGUUUCGGCGGGAGACGGCGCGGCGCGUGAGUCGGCUGCACAGCCUGAGGGAUGUGCGUCAGCGGCUCCUCGCGCUGCUGCGGGAUAACGAGCCCCUGGCGCCCGAACUGGGCUUCCUGUCGGACGAGCACGCCGAGAUUUUGCAGAGCAGAAUCGACAUUUUGCACGAACACAUACAGCGCUGCAAGGCUAAAUACAGCUCAACGUGAAGGGCCCGUGACCUUUCUUGUGUACGUCACGCUCGUCUCCACCAAUCACCGGGUUUCCCGCGCGUCGCGCGCCUCUCUGGGCCACCAGAGCUCGGUGUUCGCACGUUAAAAAUGUUUCGGUAGAAUAUAUGUUUCCAUAAAGGAAACAGA